AUGACUACUGUUGAGAAUAAUAAAGUAGGCGGUAUGAUGAAAUGCGAAACUUGCAAUAGUGCAUCGUUGUGUAGAGUAUUUGUAGAGCCUGUCCCUCUGGUGAAGCUUACAUCAGGUGGCAGUUGUUUUCUAGGACCUGUGUUGUGCGUGUGUGUGUGUGUCGCUGUCAGUGUUUGUGGAUCGAAUUCAAAGAACUGCAAAAAUUGGACAAUGGCGCCUCCUGCAUCUCGUAAACAGAGUAUUGUUGAGGUUGUCGAAAGAACUUUUGAUAAGAACACUCUUAUUCUUAUUGUUAAUCUGCUUAUCCUUGUUGUGCUCACCAGCUUACUUUAUAUGGUGGCAACUUCCGCCAUGGCUUCAUCCAGAAGAGAUGAACAUUAG